ACGCUGCGGAAGAGAGCGCAACGGGCCUGCAGUCAAUGUCAUACGCACAAAACCAAAUGCUCCGGAGACUUGCCCAAGUGUAAGCGAUGCGAGGCUGCGAAUCUGGUCUGCGAGUACACUCCGACCAGGCGUCGUUUUACCAACGUUCGGUUCCACAGCCCAAAAGCAGAGAGCCAGGCUCCUUCUACCUUGCAGCCUGUCAAAUCGGAGGAAAUUACAGCCAUCAGUCCCGCGAGUAGCAGCAGUGCUAGCAUUCCCCCAUAUCUCCUCGAUGCGGCAAAUCUUCAGGCCGAGUUCCCUCCAGCUCAAGCAGCCGCCGUAUGCUCUGUUGCUAGCUUCUUCGUAAAUCCAGGUCCUACCGGCCGAGAGUUUGGGAAAAAGUGCAGCCAGCAGGUCGAAAUGCAUAUUUCCCGUAACAUCGACAAGUUCUCUGAAAACGCCCUUUUUCUAUUUGCACUAAACAUCCUUUACCACAUUCUCGCGGGUUCUCACGCCAAAGUUUGGCAGUGUUUUGGCGUGGCUUCUAGGCUCAUGAUUGGCUUGCAGCUGAACUGGGAUGUUUCGUCGAACCAUUCGACAUUCAUCCAGCAGGAAUGCCUCCGAAGGAUUGCGUGGCAGCUUUUCAGCCUUGACCGUCUGUUGGCGGGCGGUUACGACGAGUACAUCGCUUGUCGAGCUGACUACAUGAAGAUAAGACUACCUUGUAACGAGACAGCUUUUAGAGAGAAUCGGCCAGUCGUUGCUGAGAGAUUGCAUGACAAGCCUGUUCGCUGUUCGCCCGCUCUCGGUCUGCACGGUAUUCAAAUUCUUCUCGUCGACCUUCGCCACCGGAUACAAGUAACUACAAAAAGGCUAGCUACACCUUCUGGCUCAGCCAUGACAACUCUCGAACCGUCAAAGGUUAUGACGGAUAUUGCCGCGUUACAAAGCGAGCUGACGCGAUUUCACGUUUCUAUACAUGAUGAACUGCGACUGACCGAUCAGAGCAUGGCUCGAUAUGCGGCCUCGACCCAGUGGAGAGGAUAUUGCUUCUUUCACACGCACAUGGCCGUGAGCCACAUUGAUCUCUAUCGAUUCUCAUUGCCAGGUCCGCGAACUCCAGCCUCGAUCGAGAUUCUACGAAAGCUUCCACCAGAUUUUAUUGCCCGGUGUCAAAAGCAAGCGGUGGCCCACGCCAUGAGCCUAGCCCGCUUUUUAGAUGCGAUCAAGAUCGAGACAGAUAAGAUGCAGAAUCCGGGCACCCCUAAGCUCGUGGGUGACUACUCAGUUGCACACAUGGCUACUCAAUGUAUUCGAGUCUUGCUCAUCGCUUUGCAAUACAACCUGUAUGAAAAUUUAAGCGACACUACUGCGCCAACUUGGCGAGGCGCCGAGACCAGCGAAGCGCAGAUCAAAUCGUUGAUCGAUACUAUCAUGGAAAUUACCGAAGCGUGGGCCGGAAUUUUUGACAUGGCUAAGCAAGCUCACGAGUGUAACAAAACGAUGGUAGAGGACUUUUACAAGAAUGGGAGGAUACUCGAUCGAGGUAAUGCCGUCGUGAUUGCCGGGCAAGAGCCGGCCGAGGACAAGUUUCUAUUUGGAUCCGAUGUUUUUAUUGAACGAUUGAACGUCCCUGACGUGAAAGAGGAACAGAGGAGCCGAGCCGCGAACAUGCCCGUAUCCGACUGGUGGAUGGGACCAUCGACUCCAAAGCAGUCGUCAUCGAAAGACUCAUCGCCAAUAACGAUCCCGUACCAUACUUCGGAAGUGGGCCUUGAUCACGACUAUGGACCGCCCGGCCUACCCAUGUUUCUCGCCCAGGCGCGUAACGUAUCAAUGGGUGUCUGCGAUAUAUACGACGCCGAGACGGCAGCCGGCAUGCAGCCACCAGAGAUGAUGGCAAUGAUGCCUAACAAUUACCAGAUGGUGCAAACAGAAGUCAUGAGCGGAGGCGGCGGCAUGCCCAUGCUACGUAUAGAAGAUGCUAUGCCUAGCCAAGCCAUAUAUCGACAGGAUAUUGCGCCUAUGCAACCGCAGUCUUAUCUUCCAUCACAUCAGGGGAUGAUGAUGAACGGAUACGUACCGCCGCCGUAUCCUGGUACCCACACCAAUACGUCUGCGUACACACAGCAAAACACUUUUAAUUAA